AGUUAAUGCAAAAAGGUGAUAAACAUUGCGAAAUGUUCUCGUUGUACUAUUUGAAGUUAAUAAUUGUCGAUGGUCUGAUGCCAGACCAAUCGCUUGGGAAUAUUGACAAUGAAUUGGUGGAAAAUCAAGAAGCUUUGAUUCAGCAUUUUAGGCAGAAUUUGAGAGAAUUGAUUUACAAUAACAUUGGUGACGUUGAACAAGCAUCAGUGAGCGAGCAUGAUCCAGAUGCAGCAGCAAUUGCCUACAAAGUGAACUAUGCUCUGCGGGAAAUUCAAAAUCCACGAAAGCAAUUAACGGACAUAACUGUAGACUUUAUAGCAACUCUGUAUGCCAAGAACUCCACGUAUGAACCGCAGACAUCGUUGAUUUUUAAGGAAUGUGUGACUAGUCAUCCAUGUGACGGCACGAAAAAUGACGUUCAAAUAUUGUACGGAGAAAAACAUCAUUGGAUUUGUACGUUCUGGAAUGCAAAGCAACGCCAAAUUGUCGUCUAUGAUAGUUUGUACAAUUGGUUUAAGGCAACCUUUUUCGGUUUAUCGAAUCAACAGGAGGAUGUACUGAAGAGAUUGUAUCACGGGGGACGGCAGUCCCCCAAGUGACGCAAUACCACCAUACAUAUGAAAUAUGUAUAUUUUGCGUCACUCUAUAUAUACG